GCAGACACAACGGACCAGGAGUCCUGAACUCAACUGAGAACAGCCAUCACUAAGACACUUUAGCUGAUGAGGCCAAACUAACAGCUCUUCGCUCCAGACAAACCGCUCAAGACAUUCUCUCAUCUGCUCUCUCGUUGUCUAUCGACUUGCUGUUUCUUCAGACUACUUCACCAUGCCUCCUCAGAUCCAGUCACACAACCAGAACGGUCUCAGGGUCCUGCAGGGCGAGCUCAGUGCCCUCAGCCCAGCAGUCAGGGAGUUCGUGGAGGUAAAUGUGUCUCUGUGCCAGCCUGAGUCCCUCCACAUCUGUGAUGGCUCAGACCAGGAAAACCGAGCCAUCCUGACCCAGCUGGAGGAACAAGGAAUGAUCAAGAAGCUCACCAAAUAUGAGAACUGCUGGUUGGCCAGAACAGACCCAAGAGAUGUGGCUAGGGUCGAGAGCAAGACGGUAAUUGUAACCCAGAACCAGAGGGAAACGGUUCCCACACCAGUGGGUGGUGGAAUCAGCCAACUGGGGCGGUGGAUGUCCCCGGAGGAGUUUGACAAAGCCAUGGCUCAACGGUUCCCUGGCUGCAUGAAAGGUCGCACCAUGUAUGUGAUUCCCUUUAGUAUGGGCCCUGUAGGUUCUCCCCUCUCUAAGAUUGGCGUCGAGCUGACUGAUUCCCCCUAUGUGGUAGCCAGCAUGAGGGUGAUGACCCGUAUGGGGAAGGCUGUGCUCGCUGCACUGGGAAAUGGCGAGUUUGUCCGCUGUUUGCACUCCGUUGGCUGCCCUCUACCACUUAAAAAGCCCCUGGUAAAUAACUGGCCCUGCAACCCUGAGCAGACGCUUAUCGCCCAUAUCCCAGAGCGCAGACAAAUUAUCUCAUUUGGCAGUGGUUAUGGUGGAAACUCCCUCCUGGGAAAGAAAUGCUUCGCUCUGCGCAUCGCCUCACGCAUCGCCAAGGAGGAGGGCUGGCUGGCAGAGCAUAUGCUGAUCCUAGGCAUCACCAGCCCUGCUGGAGAGAAGAAGUACAUGGCAGCAGCCUUCCCCAGUGCCUGUGGUAAAACCAACCUAGCUAUGCUCUGUCCAACGUUGCCUGGCUGGAAGGUUGAGUGUGUAGGAGACGACAUCGCCUGGAUGAAGUUUGACAACCAGGGCAACUUGCGUGCAAUCAAUCCUGAGAAUGGCUUUUUUGGUGUUGCACCUGGUACAUCAGUUAAGACCAACCCCAACGCCAUGGCAACCAUUGUUAAGAACACAAUUUUCACAAAUGUAGCAGAAACCAGUGAAGGGGGAAUAUACUGGGAGGGAAUGGACCAGGAACUGACUGAGGGAGUCACGCUCACAUCAUGGAAGAACAAGUCCUGGAGUUCAGAAGAUGGGGAACCCUGCGCCCAUCCCAACUCUCGUUUUUGCACGCCAGCAGGACAGUGUCCAAUUAUUGACCCACAGUGGGAAUCAUCAGAAGGAGUCCCCAUUGAGGCCAUUAUUUUUGGAGGCAGAAGGCCAGAAGGUGUUCCUCUGGUGUAUGAAGCCUUCAACUGGCAACACGGAGUAUUUGUUGGAGCAGCAAUGAGGUCAGAGGCCACUGCAGCAGCUGAACACAAAGGCAAGGUGAUCAUGCAUGACCCCUUUGCCAUGCGCCCAUUCUUUGGCUACAACUUUGGCCAAUACCUCUCUCACUGGCUGAGCAUGGCUGAUCGCCCUGGUACAAAGCUGCCCAAGAUCUUCCAUGUCAACUGGUUCCGAAAGAGUCCCAAAGCUGGCUUCCUCUGGCCUGGUUUUGGAGACAACAUCCGUGUUUUGGACUGGAUGUUCCGGCGAAUGAAUGGCAACACCGGUGCCAUGCCUUCUGCGGUGGGCUACCUUCCCUGCUAUGAUUCCCUGAAUCUCCAGGGCCUGGAGGGGAAGGUGAACCUCAAUGAGUUGUUCUCGUUGGAUCAGGAGUUCUGGCAGAAGGAAGUGGAGGAAGUGAGGAAGUAUUUCACCACGCAAGUGAACGAUGACCUGCCCAAUGAGGUGGCCCGGCAGCUGGAACUGUUGCAGCAGAGGGUGAGGCAGAUGUAAAGAGGAAGAAAGGGCAGUUUAGGUAUUUUAAAUCGACAUUAAAGGUCUUUUUGUCUUUAGUACGUCUUGUAGCUGGCCUGUAAUUCCAAAUUAUUCUGCCAGCAGUCAUAAAAUGACUUGUAUGAAAUUCAACAAGCUAGCUGAAAUUUAAGGACCAAAAUAGAGGAGUUUUCAUUUUAAUCUUACAUCCUUUACUAUUAAUUCUUCUUUUUAAUCUUUUUCCAUGUAAUUUUAAUUGUUGUUAGCUAGAAAGAAAAACCUAAUGUUGAUGACUUUUGGCAUGGCUAUUUGCAUCCAGAAAUAUUUAUUUUCCAUCCUUAUGCUGUUGUUGCAGAACUGUGUAUUUAAACCCAAUUGCAAUUUUUGUCCUACUCUGUGUAUGUCUAUUUAAAGGUAACUUAUUUCAAAUAUACGUCAUAGUUUCAUUUCUAUAUAAUUUUAUAUAAUGUUAAUGACUCACUUCCCUAUUUAAAGGGGAUAAUUGUUUUGUGUUCAUGUGGUUGUUUGUUGUCUUAAUUUAUUUUUAUACAACAUUGUUAAGAUUUUGUUCUGUUUAUUGUAAUCUGGAUCUCUCAAAAAAGAAGAUGGCAAUAAAUGAGUUUAAAACGA